GUACCGUUGCUAAGGUUUCGGCUUUGAAGCUUCUCCGGACGAAGUUUGCUCGAGUUUUCGGCACCCAGAAGGUUUAUCGCACAGACAGAGAUAGAAAGCGAGGCUCCCGUCAUUAUGACCAUCAGUGAGAGCUCAGCCAAAGCUCCCGCCAUGGAGACGUUGUUUUCCUUGGAGUUGUUAGUGGAUUAUGUGCGAUUUGAGCCUGGGCCUUGGACAACAGGAUCCGGACCUUUGUUGGCGGUGGCCUUCAGGCUGUUAGACUUUCCAACUUUACUUGUCCAUCAAAUUGAACCGGAGCGAGCGGAAUGUAUACGGCGGAGCUGGGCGUCCGACAAGGAGAAGGCGAUUCCUGAACGACCGUCAAAUGGCUCUGACAUCCCGUUCAGCAAAGGGAAAUCCUGCUUGUUCAAGAUCAGCCUGGCGUCCCUGCACAGCCAUUUGAGCAAUACACCUUUGUACGCCAUGCUGCUGGACGUCUUCCCUCGGGUACCCAAGUUCCUUGGCAGUUGCCUGAUUUCUCUGGCCGAUGCGGUGGAUCAAAUCAGGCGGGAAGUUGCGGAGCGCGGUAUUACAAUGCCUUCCAUGCAUGGGAGUAAGGGUCUGCACGCUUUGUAUAAUCUCAUGGGCAGAAAGAUCGGCCACAUUUCGGUGGCAUAUAGACUCUUGAGUUUGGGGGCGGCUUUACUGCCGCAUGGUCGAGAGAACCUGACUGUCGGAAUGCUAGAUGUCAAAAAACUCCCGCUCAAACCCGUGGAAGCGCCAGUUUUGCCCGAUGAGCCAGGUGUGACAGAGCAGGUUAAUAAAAAGAGCGAGGAGUUUACACCUCAAGAUACCGCGAAAACAUUAUUUCGUUCCGCAAAAUGUCCCGACCCGGAAGCGGGUAACCAGAUUCUCGACCAGAAAGUCCAAAUAAGCGAUAGUGAAGUACCUGUUGUCACCUCCAUGCCAAAGGAGGAAAAACGUAAACCGAACAAACCGACUAAAGGGGAACACGUGGAACACCAGAUGGAACAGCGCAGAUUAGAAACUGAACGAAGUGUAGAUUUAGGUGUAGACAACGUUUUUUGUCCACCUCCAAUGUAUUAUACACGGUCAACGAAUGAAUCCAAAGAAAAAAAAGCUGAAGUACGCAGAGUAGUGGAACCCGAUAUAAUGUCUGCCCCACCGGAGCAACGAGAUACGGAUGAAGACGGUGAAUCGUUCGAAAUUAGCCAGAAUUUAAAUUAUUCUAGGCUGCCUGCAAGUCAGUCGAAAAUGACAUCCAGGUUAAAGCCACAAGUACACGAUACAAUGCCACAACUUGAUCCAUGUAAUAAUAUCAGUCAGUUACCUUUACUAAAUGCGCUUCUGAUAGAACUUUCUUUGCUACAUGAUCAAGUUCCGCAGCGAAUUCCUCUUACCAUUCACCCUAAACUUGCUUGGCUUUACAGUGGUUUAGAGAAUGAUUCGCCCAAAUUUCAUAAACCAACUAGUACAACAGCAUCAGAGCAUCUUAAAUCCACCAGUUCAAAUUUAAAGAACCAGAAAGAGAAGUUUCAAAAGCACCCAAUAUCUCUAAAACACUUUGAUAAAGAAAAUGCUACAAAACAAACUAUUACAAAGAAUGACUCUAAACAUCCAAAAAGAAAGCUGAUGUAUGGAUUAACACAUACAUUGCGAUUAAGAUUACAGCAGACAAACCCACAUAUGCUGAUAUUGCAUGAACGAAGGGAGCUGUCAAGAAAAAAACAACUGAAAGAGAGAAAGACUGCGGCAACAUACUGUAAAGGCAAAGAAGGAAGUGCUCCAUCAAAAUUUCUUCAAGAAGAUCAUCACCUCUCUGGAGCUUUUUCUUUCCAAAGUGGCUGUUUUGAAGAAAACGUUGAAACAUUAAUUGAAAAUAGUGUUGAACUUGAUUCCCUCCAUUCUUCAAAAGUUCUAGGAAAUAGAAAAACUAAAAGCACAAAUAAUUUUGGAGAAAUCUCCAAACUGGAAAGUGUCACUACUAAAGAACAGAUGUGUGUUCGAACUCUGGGCCCAACUUCAAAAGUGUCAAACUUUCAGAUGUUGGAUAAGGCAACAAAUGACAGGAUAUUUUUUGGAAAAGAUGUAAAGAUCAAUUUACCCAAAAUUUUCAAUCUGGAUUCUGACCAUAGUGUCAGUGAGUCAUUUAACAGAGCAGAGAAUGUGUUGCAGACUUCAGAAAUUUAUCCUGGCUCUAUAAUUGAUUCCACAAAAGCAGAAGACAGCAAUGCACCGAUUUCCUCUAGUAGCUAUAAUGACAGUGCUGACCCCAAGUAUUCUGAGGACUUCACAAGUCCUGAAGCAACAGGAUUCUCGGAAGAUUUUACCAGUCCUGAACCUACAAGCAAAUGUACAGAUAAUUUGGAUAGUAGUAUUGAGGCAACAUCCACUAAGGUGAAACAUAUGUAUUUUAACAAUGCGUCAGAAUCUAACCUUUCCAAACAUUUCAACAAUGGAACAGCUCAAAGUGAGAGGGAAGAUGAUUCAGUUCUUCUACCUAUACCAUCCCAGCAAUCUCCAAUUCGAUCUUUAAAAGCAAUAUCCAAUGUAAAAAGUCACCAUCAGAAAGUGGCAACCUCUAAUGUAUCCAAUGAUGCUACCAGCUCAACAGAGGUAAAUCAAAUUAGAAACACAUUGAACCUGACAAACAAAGAAGAAAAUAAGAAACAGCUUGAGUCAACUCUCCUUCAGGGAGAUAUCAGUGCAGUUAGCAUAGAGCUCCCCAAGCUUUCAAGUUCAACAAUUGGAUGCAAGGCUUUAGAGGACAGCCAGUCUUUGGGGACAUCCCAAAUGAGUUCCUACAUAACAUUCAGUGUGUCUGACCUUCCCUGUGGUGAACUUGAAAUUAACACAACAGAUAUUCAAAAAGGUGUGAGUGAAUUGGAUGCUACAGGAAUGGCCAAUGAGUGCAGGCAUAUUUCUGAACUAAUAACCAACAAACUUCCUGGAUAUACUUUAUGAUGCCAUUACUAAAGUUACUUUGUUAUUGUGUUUGGCAUCCUUAGACUGCGUAUUAGUUAAUUACAUUUCUCUUGACCCAUAAGUAAAUUUUAUCUGCCACUAUGCUAUUUAUAAUGCAUGUGACAAUCUAUAUGCAUAAAUGAGGUAUGCAGUUUUAGACCUCUUCCUGAACAUGUUCUACUUCUUGUCCUUUUAAACAGUAAGGAAUACCUUCCUCCUUCAAUCUCCUUCCUUCGUUGUCCAAUUCACUUGCUUUCCUUCUUCAUUUUCUACCUAUUUAACUGUGGCUUGAGCUCUACAAAUCUCUACCAAUGGCUUCUUUUUACAGCACUAGAGAGACAUCUUUAACCCACAAUUCUUUCCUUUCUGUCCAUGUUGUCUUUUAAAAGCAUCAUAUGUUAGGUCAGGCUGUAUAUGUAAUAAAAAUAGAAAAUGCUAGAAAUAUUCAGGUUAGACAGCUGGUGAAAAGUUGGCCCUCUAUUUCUUGAGACAGUUGCCUGACCUGCUGAUUAUUUUCAGCAUUUUCUAUUUUUAUUUUAGAUUUCUAUCAGUAUUUUGCUUGACAACAUCCAACUUGGAGCUUCUGACACCUCCACACAAUCCUUCCACUGGGUAUUUUGGAAGACUGCUUAUCUGAGAAGGGAUACAUUGUACAUCUUCUCCAGCUAAAUAUUAGGAAGAAGGAAACCACUGUCUUUGUAACAGAGGAAGGAACUACUGGCUAUGGAACGUGUGUAACAAAGGCUUAGUGGACUAAAUCCUGGAUGGCAGAACUGACAUGUGAAGAGAGACUGGAUUAGUCAGAACUAUAUUCACUGGAUUUUAGAAGAACGAGGGGGUCUCAUAGGACCCUAUAAAAUUCCAACCGACUAGACAAGGUAAAUGCAGGAAGGAUGUUCCUUAUGACAGGGGAGUCCAGAACCUGGGGUCACAAGCUAAAGAUAUAGGGUAGGUCAUUGAGGACUGAGAUAAGGAGAAAUGCCUUCACCCAGAGAUUGGUGAGCCCGUGGAAUUCUUUGCCAAAGAAAGCAGCUGAGGAUAAAACAUGGAAUGUUUUCAAAGAGGAGUUAGAUAUAGUUCUUAGGGCUAAAGUUGGAUGAUCAAUAAUGAUCAUGUUGAAUGGUGGAAAGGACUUGAAGAGCUAAAUGAUCCACUCAUGCUCCUAUUUUCCACAUCUCUAAGAGUAAGCUUUUGGGGAAACUGCACCAGGUUUACUCCCUUUAGCCCAAGAAAAGUGCCAUUGCAUCAGUAAAAAGAAUGAGUAUAUUUCCACAGGGUGAGAAAAGCAAGCCUGAAGUGAUACUGGGGGAUACUAGGGCCAACCAAACUAUAAUGCUUGGAAUGGGUACGAUCUUCCCACCAGAGAAUGCGAUAAGUGUGAAGGUGCUGGUAACAGGGUCCAAAUCCACCCUUCACCAGGUUAACCAGGAUUGUGACCUAGUGCUGGGACCAGUGACCUUGGGAGUUGUACCUUGUCUGGGGACAAGAUUCUCCUGCUAUUUGGCAAUGACCUUGAAGGAGCAAAGAUAACAUUAUCCCCAGUGGUCUCUGAGAAAGUCACUGAGGUCAGAGAGACUGAACUGCUGUGGGAGAAAAUGCCUAACAUUUUUCCCUAUUUUGUGAUCAUAUAGUCCAUGGGCAGACGAGCUUAGCCAGUGGAAGCUAAGCUGGCGCUGCAAGCAGAAGACCCUCUGGUUCUGGUUAUCCUAAAUGAAUCUAGAAGAUGCCAAUGACAUCAUAAAUCAAAACUGCUGGCAAAACUCAGCAGUAAUGGCAGCAUCUGUUGGAAGAAAGCAGGGUUAACAUUUCAAGUCCAAUGAUUCUUCAUCAUCAGAACACAGGUGAUUUGGUAAGGGAAAAAAAUAUUCACCUGUGUGGAAGAGCACAUCUGGAUAUAAAAGCAAGUAGAAGAGAAGGAGGAGGUCUACAUGCUAGACCAUAUAGUAGAGUUGCAAGAGUGACUCUUCCGAACCUGUGAAGUUGCCUGAGAACACCUGAAAAUCUUCCAGUGAUGAAAUCAAAGGCAGGCAAACAUGCCAGGGUCCAAAUUUUUCAGCUAGGAGACUUUGUGUUAAUGCUGCUACCAACCCUUAAAGUGAACCCUUAAAGGCAUGAAUCUGCAGUCUGUUGUGAAAGCCUAAAAGCUUGAGAAGUGAACUAAGUGAUUGAGAACACAAAUCAGGGAAGAAAGGAAAGGCUCUUUCAGGUCAGGCAUUCCUGUCGCUAGGUCAAAAUCUUGGAAAUCCUUCCUUAAUGGCAUUGUGGGUCCACCUGAGAACAUGGGCUGCAGCAGUUCAAGAAGGCAGCUCACCACCACCAUCUCAAGGGCAAAUAGAGAAGGGCAAUAAACACUGGUCCAGCCACAUCCUACAAGCGGUUAACCAAAAAGCAGGCAAUGGUCAGCCCCAUUUAAUUGACCAAGAGGACGAAGGCAACAGCAAGCAUGAAUUGGAGGGAGACGCAAGUGAGGUCCACAUGAACCCUUUACUGCCUAUCCACCCAAUAAUGAAAUACUAGCAAACGUAGAUUCCUUAUUUGCUUACUCAAGCACACAACAGGAAGCAUACUUAAUGAGACUGCUCUUUGCAUUUAAAGGCAUACUCAUAGAGAGAAGGCAGGCUACACCACCAUACCUCUACAUGAUUUGGAUGUAGGAGAGGCCCUUCCCAUAAGGGAACAUCCCUGUCAACUUGACCCAGAAAAGCUAAUCCAUUUUAAGGAAGUACAAACCACUGGAGCACCAACUAACAGAGUCGAGCAGUAGCUGGAGAUCCCCAGUUGAGCUUGUAUUCAAGAUGCAGAACUCCACAAGGAUCUGAAUUGACUCCAGACAAGAUAAUGCAGUGACCAGAGCUGACUCCUACCCAGUACCCUGGCUGGAUGAUUGCAUAGAAAGCUACCUACAUUAAGAAGAGGGAUUUAUUCAAGGGGUACUGACAAGUUUCCUUGCCUUCCUGCAUGAAGGAAAUAUGUGCCUUUGUAACUCCAGGUGGUUGAUAAUUAAAUUAUUAAAUCCUGCCAUUUGGACUUCAAAAUGCUCCUGCCACCUUUCAAAGGCUGAUGCCAGAAAGUGGCAAGGUUAUCUAAUUGUGUGGUGUACUUAUGAUAACCACCUAGUGUGCAGUGACACUCGAGAUACACAUUUAGUAACUGGAAGCUGUCUUCCAGAAAAUACAGUUAGCUGAUCUACUAGUCAAAUUCACAGAGAGUGAGUUUUCUGAGGCUCAAAUGAUCUAUCUAGGGUUGUAAAGGUAGAAGCAACAGAACAGUUUCAAACUCCCACAGUCAAACAGGAAACCACGAUGUUCUUAGGGAUGAAAUAAAAAGGUGUAGAGCUGGAUGAACACAGCAGGCCAAGCAGUAUCAGAGGAGCAGGAAAGCUGACGUUUCGGGCCUAGACCCUUCAGCUUAGGGAUGUAUGAGUUCGACUGAAAGUUCAAUCCAAAUUCAGUGCAACAACUGUGCUACUGAUAGACCUACAGGAAAAAUAAGGCAGUAUGGACUGAGAAUUACCAAACUACUCUUGAAAAGCUGAAAACCAUUUUUACAAGUGAGCCUGUUCUUGCAGUUCUAAAUGUUAAACAGGUAUUUAAGGUGGCCACGAAUGCGAGGGACAUCAGGGACAAGGCUGUUCUUCUUCAGAAAGCUGAAUCAGAAUUGGACACCAACUGGGCACUUUUCCACAAAGCUAAGCAAACAUCAGUAGAGAGGAAAACCCUCGGUUUAUUAUUGGCUUUCAAACACUGAAAUAUGUGUUCAAAAUGAGUACACAGAAACACCAGUCUGUACUGACCGCAACUCAUUACUUUUCUGAAAAACAUAAGACCCAGAAUGCCAGAUUAUUCCAUUAAAGCUUGUUUCUUCAACUGUACCACUUAAAAAAAAUCACCCAUGUUACUGGGAAAUUGAAUGUGAUUUACCCUGUCCAGAACUUAGAGAGGCCUGGUUAUAAUCAAAAAACUAAUUGACCAAGUCUAGAGGAAUUUAUCUAUGUGUGAGUAUAUUUGUUGUUUCAUUUUUUUAAAUAUCGCACUCCUUUGUAAUUAAAUAAGAAUGGAUCUCA